ACAGCGGUAGGACGGAGAAGGCAAGAGGAGGACUGGCUGGGAAAAGAGGUGCUGUCUUUCCUAGUAGGAAGCUGCCAUGGCUUCCCUGAGUGUAAAGCCAGGCCAGAGGUAUACACUUAGAGACUGGAAUACCAGUCGUGAACUCCUUGUGACCAAUGCUGAGCGCCAGCGCUUCGCCUCUCACCAGAUCAGACAGGAGGGUCGGGCCCUUCGCAAUGAAACAAACAACCAGACAAAAUGGGACGAGCACGACAACCGCACACGUCUCAACGAGAGGAUCGAGUGUGUCGGUCAAUGGAAGGAAACCUUGGACAAAUACCUGACAGAUGUUGAUAUGGAAAUCAAUGCCUUAACCCAGAUGAAGGAACAGGCAGAGCGUGCCCUGCAGGCUAAGAACUUGCCUCUGGAUGUGGCUAUUGAAAAUCUUACUCUUCGGGAGAGUCGCCGAGACAUUGAUGUGGUGAAGGACCCUGCUGAGGAUGAGCUGUACAAAGAGGUGGAGGUGAUCGAUGCCACUAAGAAAGCCCUUCAGCAGAAAGUGAGCGAGGCCUUUGAGCAGCUCUGCCUAUUGGAGGAGGCACGUCAACAACUGAACUUUGACCAUCGGGCGAAAAUGGAAGCCCUAGAGAUUGACCGGACCUGUGUUUCUCUCAACAUCAAUUCUCCCAAUAUCUCAUACAAAGUCAAUCCUACCCGAGUGCCAAUUGGAUCGUUGAGUCCAGAGCAAUGGGAUCAAUGCAGCCAAUACAACAGGGACCGAGCAGAGGCUGAGAUGAAAGCAUCCUCUGAGUUGCGGGAGGCUGUAGCACUCACCAUUUCCCAGACUGACAACGAACUGGAAGCUCAGCGUGUGGCUACUGAGUUUGCCUUCCGGAAGCACAUCCAUCAAUUGGAGAAAGCUCUCGACGAAUUAAGAUGGCAGCAGAAAAAUACCUUGGAAGAAAUUGCUGAAAUGAAGGACGACAUCAGACGUCUUGAAGAAGAUCUCCGAAACAAAGUGUCGAAUCUGAAACUGGCUCAUACCCGCCUGGAGACCCGGACCUACCGCCCAAACAUGGAGCUCUGCCGUGACCAGGCUCAGCAAGGAUUGACAGAUGAAGUUCAUCAGCUGGAAGGCACCAUUGCUGCACUUAAGCAGAAGCUGGCACAGUCACAGGAUGCUCUCGAUGCUCUCUACAAAGACCUGUACCGCAUCCAGGAGGACAUUAAAAUCAAGUCCAACUCCUUGUCCCUGGAUAACAAGUGCAUUGAUGGUAGACGCAAGCUCACGGUCCCUGCUGAGAAAUUUGUACCUGAAGUGGACACCUUCAACCGAACCACCAACCGCACCCUCUCAGCCCUCAAGAGCCGUCAGUUGGAGCUGGCAUAGGAUAAGGACAUGGGUUGUUUGAUCCCAGACUCCCCUGAGUAAUGCUGAAUAAAUUCUUGCUUUGGAAAAUGAACAUCACAGUCCUUUGCAAUGUCUAAUUUUCAUGCCAAGCCAAGCUGAAAUUUAUGUUGCAUCUGAAUGAUGCACAUUUUCUCACCUGCUCCUCAUACCCAAGCUGUGUUUUCUCAAAGGAUUUCUAGGUCCUCCAACGUGACUAUGGUCAGCAAAAUCAAUUUUCUACUGCCUCCUCCCCCUCCUCACCCCACCCCCCAAAAACCCCAUAAAGGAGUCUGGCAAUUGUUGAAUGAUAGAUAGGUGUUAUAUGUUAUGUGUGGUUUGAAUGGAGUUUGCAUGAGUUGCUA